AGAAGAAAAUUUCAGUGCUCUUUAUUUUUGUUUUUCGUCGAGGCCAGCUAUAUCCAUUUCCCUCAUAGAAUUUGACUUCACACCAACCUCCUUCUUCCUUCUCCUCCUUUUUAUAUCUCUCUUACCCUCACUCUCUUUCUCCCCUCUCCAAGUAAUUUUUUUAUUCUUAUAUUUCCUGUCUAAAGAUUCUUUUUCAGCUUUCAGAUUAAGCAACAAUGGACUACGGCAGGCUUCAGCCCUCAGAGCCCGGUGGCUCCUCCCGCCGUCCUUUACACGAACAAGAUCACGUUGCCUCAGCUCCGUCUGUUCCCUCUAAAGGCAAGCGAGAUAAGAAACUUAUUUUCAUCUCCGCUUUGGCUCUCGUUUUGAUUAUUCUUUCACUCGUAGCCGGCAUUCUCGUGGUCGGUUUGAAAUCGCGGGCCGGCUCUGGCACUAAAAUCCCUCACAAGCCGACUCAGGCGAUUUCGAGGACUUGUAGCAAGACUCUCUACCCGACUAUCUGCGUCAACUCGCUGCUCAACUUCCCGGGUUCACUCACCGCAUCGGAGCAGGACCUCGUUCACAUUUCUUUCAACAUGACGCUGCAGCAGCUCAGCAAGGCGUUGUAUUCCACUUCGGGGAUCUCCUAUCUGCAGAUGGACACACGUGUACGGUCGGCCUUCGACGCGUGUUUGGAACUCCUCGACGACUCCGUGGACGCCCUCACGCGCUCACUCGGCUCCAUCGUGCAGAUACCGGGAGGUAACGGUAAUGCGUAUGCAAGAGAAGACGUGGUGACGUGGCUGAGUGCGGCGCUGACAAAUCAAGACACGUGUACGGAUGGAUUCUCCGACGUUGACGGAGCCGUUAAGGAUCAGGUGGCCGAUAAAUUGAAGGACAUAUCCGAACUGGUGAGUAAUUGUUUGGCGAUUUUUGCUGCAACUAAUGGAGGCGAUUUCUCGGGAAUUCCGAUACAGAACCGAAGGAGGUUACUUGAGAACGAUAUAUCGGCGGAAAAUGGCGACAAGCUUCCGAGAUGGUUGAGUAGAAAGGAUAGGAGACUGUUAGCUCUGCCUCUAUCGGAUAUACAUGCCGAUAUAAUCGUGUCGAAAUCUGGAAAUGGAACGGUUAAGACGAUUGCUGAGGCGAUUAAAAAGGUGCCAGAAAACAGCGAACGCCGGACGAUUAUUUACGUGCGGGCAGGAAGGUACGAAGAGAGCGUACUAAAGGUGGGAAGAAAGAAAAAGAAUGUGAUGCUCAUUGGAGACGGGAAGGGCAAAACCGUAAUUUCUGGAAGUAAAAGUGUUCAAGAUAAAAUGACAACUUUUCACACGGCAUCUUUUGCUGCGACCGGGUCUGGGUUCAUUGCCCGAGAUAUGACGUUUGAAAAUUCGGCUGGCCCGGGUAAGCACCAAGCUGUAGCUCUCCGAAUCGGAGCUGACCACGCUGUCGUGUAUCGUUGCAACAUAAUCGGAUACCAAGACUCUCUCUAUGUACACUCCAAUCGUCAAUUCUUUCGAGAGUCAGAUAUUUAUGGAACUGUAGACUUUAUUUUCGGUAACGCUGCCGUCGUCUUGCAAAACUGUAGCAUUUACGCUAGACAGCCGAUGGCCAACCAAAAAAACACCAUAACGGCGCAAAACAGAAAAGACCCGUUUCAGAACACCGGCAUCUCCAUCCACGCUUGCAGGCUCUACGCAACACCCGAUCUCGAAGCGUCGAAAGGAAGCUUUGAAACGUAUCUCGGGAGGCCUUGGAAACUUUAUUCCAGGGUGGUUUACAUGUUGACAUACAUGGGGGAUCACAUUAAUCCGAAAGGAUGGCUCGAAUGGAACUCCACAUUUGCUCUCGAUACUCUUUACUACGGUGAGUAUAUGAACUCCGGCCCCGGUGCCGCCGUGGGGCAGCGGGUGAACUGGCCGGGUUACAGGGUGAUUACAUCUACGGUGGAGGCUAAUAAGUUCACUGUUGCACAGUUUAUAUCUGGAUCCUCUUGGCUGCCAUCGACUGGAGUGGCGUUCUUGGCAGGAUUAUCAACUUAAUUAAUUCAUUAAUUGAGUUAAUUAAUUGUGGUAAAUGCUAAAAAAAUGUUGUUAUAUGUAGCCAUGUAGGGGUUUUUAUAUAUUUUAUCAAAUGGACCUUGUUUUUCUUGAUUCGGAAUUGUAAGGAAAUUAAUAUAUAAUUAGUAAGGGUGUUUGUCCUAA